UCCGGUGUCCGAUCCGUCAGGCCCACCCGCCCCUUCUGCUUGUUGUACGACGCGUCCACGAUUCCACGAACACAUUCAUGGAACCGCCGCAUGCUCCAGUCGCGGCGGAGGCCGGCGCCGGCGCCGGCGACGCUUACACCAUCCGGCCGCUCGAGCUCUCGGACCUCUCCAAGGGCUUCUGCGAGCUUCUCGCACAGGUCUCCCCUUCUCCGCCGCUCUCAGAGGAAGCCUUCCGCGCGCGCUUCGCCGAACUCGCGGCGCUGGGCGCCGACCACCUGGUCCUCGUCGCGGAGGAAGCCGCGACGGGCCGCCUCGCCGCAGCGGGGGCGAUUCUGGUGGAGCGCAAGUUCAUUCGGCGCUGCGGCCUCGUGGGCCACCUGGAGGACGUGGUGGUGGACGCUGCCGCGAGGGGGCGGGGUCUCGGGGAGCGCCUCGUGCGCCGCCUCGUGGAGCACGCGAGAGGGAGGGGGUGCUACAAGGUCAUAUUGAACUGCACGGCGGAGCUGAAGGGGUUCUACGCCAAGUGCGGCUUCGAGGAGAGGAAUGUCCAGAUGGGGCUCUACUUCUGAUCCAGCUCAGCUACCUUCACCUACGUGAUGCUUGGGUACUCCGGAGCAGAAGACGCGACGAGUAGUAGCAGGGCAUGCGUGUGACGCUUCCAAGUUGGUGUAGAUGCUCAGACGCUUCCGGGGAGGACAGAUGGUAGGAGCGGGACUUCAGAGGAGUGGUUUUUUCUUUUUGUCGUUCUUUUUUUUUAAGAACAUAUCGGGUGUAAACCACAAUUUCGUGAAAACCCAUACAAACCAUGACAAAAGAAGUCGUCUAAAUUCACCAAAAAAUCACACAUAUAGUUGAUAUAAUGAUACACAACCUUGUAAAAUAUCUUGUCCAAACUCGACUUAAUUUGUGAGAUAUUAAAAUAACAAAUUUCAAACCAGAAAGUUGUCCAUAUGAUUUGUUAGAAAUUUGUUAUUUUUAUAUCUCACAAACAAAGUCGAGUUUGAACAAAAUAUUUUACAAGAUUGUAUAUCAUCAUAUCAUCUACAUGUAUGAUUUUUUUGGUGGUUUGCACAGGCUUUAAUGAAGGUUACGGUUUUCACUAGAUAUGUUCCCUUUAACAUUCACUAUUGUACAUUUGCCACAAAGUUGGAUCUCGAGAGGUGGACUUGUGCAGCCAUCUUUUCAUAAUUCUUUUAAGUUUCUAACGGUACGAGCUUGAGAUGGACGUUCA